AUGGACGACGCAAAGCCCAAAGCGACGCACGACGUCAAGUACGACGCGACCCGGCGGGCGACAAAAGGAGGGACAAUUCUCGGGCGCUGUGCUGCAUCGUCAGGCAACGCCACCUGCAAGCUCGACGGCUUUCAGGCGGCCCUCGAGUCGUGCUACUCGAUAGGCGACGCAGUCAGGGCGAGCUGGGGCCAAGCCAGGGAUUACUGCCUCGACAAGGGAGCCCAUCUUCCCUACGUAAACAGCGAGGCCGAGGAGGAGUACCUGGUCGCUGCCACAUCACAGUGUCCCGGAUGGCAAGCUGCGGGCGAACUUAUAUGGCUGGGGUUGCAGGUUGACGCGGGGGCCGACAAGAACGCCCUCCAGUGGGGAGAUGGCACUUUGGUUGACGCCCAGUUCUGGGCUCAAUUCAGCCCAGACGGCACGCACAUGUGCACGGCGCUACGUGAGACGGACGGGAUGUUCGAGCUAGCGGACUGUGUGGAGAUGUACUGUGGCAUAUGCGAGGCUAACCCGGAUCAAGACGUUUCUGCAUCAACGGAAGCCAUGACGACAAAGGAUGAGACAACGGUAGAGAACUCUACUCCGAAGACGUCUACUUUGGAUACUACUACAUCAAAUGUUGGGAGACUGUAUCAAACUACUGCUUCAGAUAUCAAUACCAUGGUACAAACCACUACAUCAGACUUUGGGAUGAUGACACAACCCACCACUUCUGAUAUCGAGACCAUGCUACAAACUACCUCUUCGGAUAAAACCAUGGCACCGACCACAGCCUCGGAUAUCGGGACCACGGCACAAACCACCACGUCAGAUAUUACAAUGACAGAAAUCUUCACUUCAGAUAGCGGGAGAAAGACGGAAAUUGGAAACUCAUCUGCACAAGAGGAAGCUCCCACGCAGUGCAUUACCCUUGCCUGCUUGAAGGAGCUGAUAGAAGCAGACCCAACUGACGAAGAACAACUCGAGACCCUUGUCGAGAUCAGCACCGACUUACUUGAAGGGCACAUGCAGUCCCCAACUGGAACACUAGAGGAGGACACUGACCGGGUGACAGAAAUCAUCGAAUUCCUGGAUGAAACAUUCUCUCUGGUCCUGAGCAGUUUAAGCAAGAACAGGAGCACCGUGUCUAUUAUGUCCAGAAAUAUAGCGUUCGAAGCCCAUUCGUUCAGCGGCCAGUGUGGCUAUGUAAUCACAGGCGUAGAAACCGGCGCCGAAAACGACAUCACCCUCUGUACUGCAACUGGACAAGGAGGGUACAUCGGUGUUGGUAUUGCCUGCGUUCCGGACGACACCAUCAUGUUCCCCCUCGGUGCUGAUGAGCUGGACGGACCAGAGUCUCAGCUGACCAGUUGUGUGGUCACCUUGAAUGCCGUGGAGGGAGAGAACCACACAGUGGUCGAAGAGGGAAUCAAUGCAACCAUGAUCAUCGCAAGGACGGAGACACCUGUUAAUGACGGUCAGCGGCCUGUUUGUGCAUUUUGGAGGAAAUCCACGAACGUAUCGAUGGGUUCGUGGUCCGAUGACGGAUGUCACCUGGUCGGCAGUAACGAGAGUCACGUGAUCUGUUCCUGUAACCACCUGACCAAUUUUGCCGUACUUGUGCGGGUCGUGCCCGGUGUGGAGCCAUUGCCCGAUGUUCACACCAAUAUCCUGAAAAUCCUGAGCAUUGUGGGCGGAGUUACGUCGGUCACGUGCCUCAGCAUCACGUUGAUCGUGUACAUCUGGUUAAAAGUCUACCGAAGUCAGACGCUCGUCAUCCAUGCCAAUCUAGCAGUCAGUAUCCUGAUUUCACAGAUCAUCUUUCUCGUGGGGAUCGAUGCUACAAGUAGCAAGGCGGUAUGCAAAGUCGUUGCGGCGCUGUUGCACUAUUCCCUGCUGGCUUCCUUUUCCUGGAUGAUGGUAGAGGGCGCCAAUCUGUACCUCAAAUCAACAAACAUUUUCCGAACCACCAUCCACGUGGGGCUCCUAUUUGCAUUAGGAUGGGUGACUCCGUUGCCCAUUGUCGGACUUUCUCUUGGAGUGCUAUUCAACACCUACGUGUCUGAAUCCUAUUGUUGGUUGUCAAACGAGAACGGCUUGAUUUGGGCGUUCGUGGCUCCCGUCAUAAUCGUGAUAUUGUUGAAUUCCUGUGUUCUUCUCAAUGUUAUCCGCGUGUUUCUGUCACUGGAGGCAAUGGCGGACAAGCCGAAGUUGAAAAGAAUCAAGGCCGGCGCACGCGCAGUUCUGUUGCUGACGCCCCUGCUUGGGAUCACGUGGCUGAUAGGUCUGUUCGUUAACGUGGAUGGAGCGGACGUAGUGGUGUCUUACAUCUUUGUCAUACUGAACUCCUCACAGGGCGUGUUUAUCUUCGUUCUCCAUUGCGCUCUCAACGAAGAGGUCGGGAAGGCGUUCAAGCUGAAACGUGACAAACUGCGCAAACUCCACUCGUCCAAGGUCCACCCCAACACGGCCGGCCGGACUAGCAAAACCAGCACAGACUCCCAGCAGAGCAAACCGGGGAAGAAAGAGGUUGCGUGGGGACCCAGUCUGUCAACCGACAAGACUGGAGUUAAUUCCGAUGCGACCAAGUGAAGUCAAGAGCGCCACCACGAGACAAAGGGGUCGGAGUGAAUAGCGCCGCCACGAAACAUAGGGGGACGGAUGGAAAAGUCUGAUUAUUUUUUAAAUAUCUUUCUAUUUCUCUUACAAAUUAAAGUAAAAUUUCUAGCAAAUACUUUCCCAUUGCUAUAACGUUAGUUGAAGUCCACGUAGCUAAACGAUGAAAAUAUUUAAUGACGGUAUUGAAAUAAGGGAAGUUUUCAUUUUUCCUUGGUAAGCAGUUGCGUAGCCACGGGGGGCUUGAGCAGUGCCCGCCCCCGCCC